UACCUUGUUAUCUGAAUUUGGACUAGCCCUAUCUAAUGACAGUGAGGAACAUUGAUCGUGUCAUCACUGUCGCUCGAAAAGCAGGUGGAAGCUGUGCACUUGUCAGACUAUCCAAUCGACGACGAAAAUGUCACUCAACACUGACUGAGGCUGUAUUCAUGAUAGCAACAGCAUUAUGCCUAACCAAAAAAGCAACAAAGGGAAGCGAAAUAAACGCACAAACAGCAGUGGCGAUGAACAAGAAAAUGGAACCACUGCAUCAGGAGGAGCCCAAGGAGGUGCAACAGCGUUAUCGGGGGCAACGGUAGGACCAUGCCAAGACAACACGGGCGAGGCACCCUGUGCCACCCCUCUUGUCUGCAGUUUUGGAAGACCCGUCAACCUUGAUAAAGAUGACUACCAGAGGGUGCUGUGCAAUAGUGAGGUCUGCCCUUAUAGCAACUGGAUGCACCUGCAGUGCUUUUAUGAAUGGGAAAGCAGCAUCUUAGUGCAGUUUAACUGUAUAGGACGGGCUCGGAGCUGGAAUGAGAAACAGUGCCGGCAGAAUAUGUGGACUAAGAAGGGUUAUGACCUUGCCUUCCGUUUCUGUUCCUGUCGCUGUGGCCAGGGUCAUCUAAAAAAAGACACAGACUGGUACCAGGUCAGACGCAUGCAGGAUGACAGGAAAAAGAAAUUAGUGUUGGAAAAAAAUGUGGGGAAGUCCAUGAACUCUUCAGGAGGGGCCACAGGUGGCGAACCCUCAGAGGACCCCAGAAAAUGGAAGCAGCCCACCAGCAAUAAGUUGGUUCCUCGAAUUCCCAGUCAUGAACCAUACCAUCGGCAGUUGGUUGACAUGCAGAACUCUCAGGAGAGGGGCCAUGGAAGCUUGCUAAAUAUUGCUAGUAACCUUGGUUGUCAGUCUCCCAGUGAUUUAUCAAGUCUGUCCCCCCCUUCAGGCUUUCCCUUUAUGUCCCCCAACACUAUCAUGGGACCUCGUACUUCUCGACACUUAGGUGAGUUCUUGAAGAAUGCUAUCCACAUGGACAAUCACAGAAAGAGUGUUGUGACAGGUGGAGUAUCUGGCCGAGGUGGUCACAUGGAGCAUAUAGGUGGGCUUCCACUACCACGCCUUGCUUCAGGGGACAAUCCUGUACAGUUCCUUCGGAGACUUGACCUGUCUGAGCUGCUGACUCAUAUACCCCGACACAAGCUUAACACCUACCAUGUUCGAAUGGAAGAUGAUGCCUAUGCUGGACAAGGAGAAGAUCUUAGAAAAUUCAUCCUUUCUGCCCUUAGUGCUUGCCAUCGCAAUGUGGUUAACUGUGCUCUUUGCCAGCGUACCCUGCCCAUCUUUGAACAGUUUCCACUUGUUGAUGGAACACUUUUUCUCAGCCCCUCUAGACACGAGGAAAUUGAAUAUGAUGUCCCAUGCCAUUUACAAGGGAGACUGAUGCACCUGUAUGCCAUUUGUGUCGACUGUCUGGAAGGAGUCCACAAAAUUGUGUGCAUAAAAUGUAAAUCGCGAUGGGAUGGCAGUUGGCACCAGUUGGGGACGUUGUACACGUUUGAUAUAUUGGCAGCCUCACCAUGUUGUCAGGCUCGUCUGAACUGCAAACACUGUGGAAAGCCAGUCGUUGAUGUGCGGGUUGGGAUGCAGUUCUUCUCUGAGUACAGCAAUGUCCAACAAUGUCCACAUUGUGGUAACCUGGAUUAUCAUUUUGUUAAACCAUUUUCGUCCUUCAAGGUCUUGGAAGCUUAUUGACAAAUGGUGUCCCUGUGUGUUUGCAUUAUUUUGAUUAUUUUCUAAUCUUUUCUAUGUCUUUUAUUGUAAUUUAUGAUAAUGGGUGUUACUAAGGAUGUCAUGGAGGGAUGUUGUAUUUUAUUUAAAUUCAGAAUGUUUUAAUGUGGCUUUCAUGAAUGUUUGCACAUAAGAGUGUUUUUUUCAUUCUUCAUGCUGAAACCUGUAUGAAGAGGAAACGAGCUGAAUCUUUACAGGAUAAAAUGUUUGCAGGACACACUGGAUAUAAAGCAAAGACCAUAGAGCCUGUAGCGCUCUAUGAUUUUGAUAUAAACCUUCACCAAGGCAAUUCAAUAUACUGAUGAAGUGAAUGUAUCUAAAUACAAACAUAUCUCUCUUGUUUAAAAUAAAAUGAAAUAUUAAAUCACUAAAUAUUCACAUAGUAUUUCCACACCAGUUCACACAACUGAAUAUAAGAAUUCUUAGUGAAUAAGAUAGACUAGGGCAUUCAAAGUUUGCUUGUGCAGUUACUGUUAAAAUGGCACAACAGACUGAACAAUAAUCCAAUUGUCCAGCUAUGAAAAUGCACAGUGGAAGCACAUUUAAGUAUGGUAUCACUGUAUUGCUGCCUUUUAUCUUCAACAUGUACUCCUGUAACAGUGUGAGUGGGAGAGAGAGAGAGAGAGAUGGGGUGGUGUUGGGAAAGGACUGUGUGUUGGAUUAGAACCCGGGUCCCUGUGGGCACUUGGUCCUGGAUGAGGUACGGAUGCUGCAGCUGCAUACCCCCUUGUUGUUUUGUUUCUUGGUAAAGCAAAGUUAUCUGUCUGUCUUUAUAAGGCAAUAAUUAGCUUUUCCAUGGUCUUGGGUGGACAAACAUUAACAUGUUUGUCUGUACACAACCUCGGAAAAAUGUUUACUUGUUUGUUUAAAUGAUUACAACAUGUAUGGCAUUUGACUUUUCUGAUAAAAUCUAUAAAGC